ACUUCGUUCCUUGUCACUUGAAGGCGCUGGGUGCAGGACACCGUACACAAGGGGAUCAUGCGCCGUCUGUUUUGGCGGAAAAAUAACCUGUUCAUACUGGGAGUCGUGUGUUUCGGUCUCAUGUUUAUUUUGUGGAUAAACACGAACAGACUUGAGCAUAGUAGAGUGCAUGAAGAUUAUGCACAAUUACCUGUUGAUAAUCCCCUGGCACCUUUGCCAAGUAAAUUGCCUAAACAACACGAUUCCAAAAACAAUGACUUCCUCGACAAAUUUCAUGAGGGCAGACACAUUCUCAAACCAAAAGAUAAUGUUGGUCAAUUUCCAAAUAUCCGUCCACAUCCAGUAGUAGACAAGGAUUCGGGUCUUGUUAACGUAAAAGAUCGUGUUGCUGACGAAAAUGACAAUGGUGAGCAUAAUCUUCACGACAUAGUACCUCCUGUUGAUGAACCUAACGCAGAUAAUGUUCUUGUCCAACCUGUUGAUCAUGACAACAAAGGUGAUUCAAACAAUGAAAUGCCUGUCGAUCAUAGUCAUUCAGAUGGGUUAUCAGCAAUUUCCAGGUUGGGAUUAUUUCCAAGUUCUCCACCUCCAAAAAGUGACGAGCAGUCUACAGGUCCAGGUGAAGGCGGUAAGCCGUAUACAGUGGAAAGUGACAAGCUUUCACCAGUUGAACGCCAAAAAUUUGAUCAAGGUUGGAAUGAUAAUGCUUUCAAUCAGUAUGCUAGUGAUCAUAUCAGCGUAAGACGAUAUUUACCAGACUUUCGUGAGGGACAGUGUAAAGUCAACAAAUAUCCACAUAAUCUACCGUCUGCAUCUGUAAUAAUUUGUUUUCAUAAUGAAGCUUGGUCAGUAUUAUUGCGUUCUGUACAUUCAGUGAUUGAUCGAUCUCCAUCACAUUUGUUACGUGAAAUUAUACUGGUGGAUGAUUUUUCUGAUCGUCCUCAUCUCAAGGAAGCAUUAGAAGAGUACAUAAACAUUCUGAAAAUUGUCAAAAUUGUUCGUACUAAAGAACGAGAAGGUUUGAUCAGAGCUAGAAUGCUUGGUGCAGAACAUAGUACUGGUGAAGUGCUUGUAUUUCUGGACUCUCAUAUUGAAUGCACCACAGGUUGGCUCGAACCUCUUUUAGAUCGUAUUGCCUAUAAUUCAUCAAUUGUCGUUGUCCCAGUUAUAUCGACGAUAAACGAUAAAACUUUGAAAAUACAUGUAACUAGACCUCGAGAUGUUCAAGUUGGUGGUUUCGAUUGGAGCUUGACAUUUCGAUGGCAUGAACAACCUUUACGUGAUAAACAGAGACCUGGUGCACCAUAUUCACCUGUCAGGUCACCUACAAUGGCAGGUGGUUUAUUCGCUAUAAGUCGUAAUUACUUUGGUCAUCUUGGAAAAUACGAUUCAGGUAUGGAAGUGUGGGGAGGAGAAAACUUAGAACUAUCAUUCAAGAUAUGGAUGUGUGGUGGCACUUUGGAAACUAAUGUAUGCAGUUACGUUGGACAUAUUUUCCGUAGUCGUUCACCAUACAAAUGGGAUGUUAAAGUUAAAAAUCCAUUGAAAAGAAAUUUACUUCGGUUGGCUGAAGUUUGGCUUGAUGAUUAUAAACGGUUUUACCAUGCACGUAUUGGCUUCAAAACGGUGGAUUUCGGUGAUGUUUCAGACCGUAAAGCGCUACGUGAAAAUUUGAAAUGUCAUUCAUUUCAGUGGUAUCUGAAUAACGUUUAUCCUGAAUUAUUUGUUCCUUCAAAAGCCUUAGCUUCUGGUGAUAUUGAAAACGUUGCAUCUCCUCAGUGCUUAGAUGCAUCAUUGCCUGAUAAAAACAGUGCCAAGUCAGUGUUUAUCAAAACAUGGCCGUGUCAUAAACAAGGUGGGAAUCAAUUCUGGCUGCUAUCACCUGAAAAUGAAGUUAGACGAGAUGAAUAUUGUUGGGAUUCUGGUUUAAAAGAUGGAAGUAUUGGUUUAUUUCAUUGUCAUGGCUCACAUGGGAAUCAGCAGUUUACCUAUGAAGAAGUGUCCAGUGGAAGAGAUCAGAAGAUGACAAGGUCAAAGAACCACUGGUAGAUCAUGCAAUUUCUUACUUCUGUCAAUUAGAGAGGUGCCUUUGUUAAUAAAUCAAUGGUGACAGUUUAUUUCUCUCCCUCUUCUCAUCUUUCGUAGCUACUGAUCAUUAUUUCAGGCAUCAUAUUCACAUGGUGAUUUUUCCCCGCCUAAUUCAAAGACAUUCGUUUUGACUUUUCUCUCACAACAGUAAUAUGAAUACAUGGUUUUGAAUUUCCCCUGACAACAAUCAUUGAUUUACUGGAUUUAACUUUUUGGAAACUUUAGGAUAAUACUAUUCGUCAUAACGGUAGAUGUCUGGAAAUGGUACCAAAUAAGUCAUCGGUACAACUUGGAAGGUGUACUGGAUCGGUGUAUCAACAGUGGAAAUUUAAUCGAAAACCAUAUUUGCCAUCUGCAGAAAACAACCAGUUAUUUUAGUUCAGUCUGCAGUCAAUCUUUCUACCCAGAUCUUAUGUGAUAAAAAAUGUCUUUCUGCUCCUACUGCCUGUCAAACAAGUACUUCUUUGUUUGGUUUUAACAUUGAGGGAACGAAGUGGUUUACUUCUUUUUUAUUCACGUUUCCCUGAACCUCUCUAUGUGUAUACAUAUAUACUCCUUGAAAAAACACAUAUCACAUUCUGACUUUUAUACCUUUGUUUAUGUUCCUUUCUUCCUCUCCUUCUUGAUCUGUGAUAAAAAUACUAACUUUAGAUGAAAAAUAUCUGUAUAUCUAGGCAUUGUAGACACCCAAAAGCAUAUGAGAGAUCAGCUAUUUAGGUCAUUUCCCUCAUAUAUCUUUUCAUGUAUCUACGUACAUUUUUUACUCAUGUACUGGAAACAAAGCGGUAUAUAUAACAGUUCAGUUAUCUGCUUACAACGGGCAUCGGUUUAUUAUUUUUACUAUUGUUGUUAUUCACUGUGUGCCUUUCCCCUAGUGAUUGGGCUUCUAUUUUUCAAUACAAUUUAUGUAACGAUAUACAUAAUUUAUAAAGUUGAUAUGGCGCGUAAACCUAUUGCUCAAUCCUUCGCGUUUUUCUUUUGAUAUUUUUAUGGGGUUUUAUUUGUUUUCAGAUUAGCAUUCACUCUGUUUUUUUUUUACUAUGAAUUAACCUUUCUCAACUUCCAUAAUGUAAAGUAAUGGGCGAGUAAAUUUUUUAUCCUACAGUCAUCUGUCUUACUCUCUUUGUGCUCCAUCAAAAAAAUAUAUACAUUGAAAAUAUAAUGUAGAAUUUGCUGAAGAUGUAUUGAAUAUGUUUUAUGUGAUAAAUUGUGUCGAUGC